AUGCCAGGAACUGAUAUUAAUUGUGGAACGUAUAUGCUAAGGCACACUAAAGCUGCAAUCGAGCAGAGGAAGCUGGAUAGAGGACUGGAUGAGAAGAACGAAUGGGAUUCUUGUAGCAGUGAAGGAAGAAAGAAUGACUUUCUAAUGAUAGUUAGACAAUUAUUUGACAUUAUCAUGUCCGUGUUUGGUACAUCUGGAAAAGUUAACGGAGUGCUUGCAGCAGAUGAGAGUGGAACUUGUGUUAUUGUCUCCUAUCAUGAGGAAAGUAGCGCACGUGCAGCACUAAAGAAAUUAGAUGGACGCUCGAGUUCUGAUCUUGGAGGUCGUUCAUUGCACAUUCGCUACUCUGCACAAUCACUGGGCAAGGUGUGA